UGGCGUGGGGGCAGCUGCGAAAUGGAGAGGCAGCCGAUGAGGCUGGAGACCUUUGACCUCUCAGAGAUGGAUGAAGCCCCCUCACUAUGUGGGUGGGGAAACUGAGGCUCAGAGUCUGACUGUUGGUGGGGAGCCAGAAUGAGGCUCAGUGUCGGGCUGCUUGUCAAGGAUGCGUUUACUCCUGGCCUCCAGCCGUCUCCUCGGGGCUUCUAACGGAGGUUUUGGUGCCUGUUUUAUUUUCACUUUUUGAAAAUUGUUCCAGCUUCAAGCUUCCAAUUUCCAUGAAGUCAUUGGAGCCAGGAGCCUGGACUCCUGCCUCUCCCCACUUCGGCUAAGGGCCCCACUGCAGCUGGGAGAGGGGGGCCCCCCACACCCCCGGAGGCGCCGAGCUCAGGGCUCAGCCUUAGCUUUUGCGCGGCGACGGCUGCCGUGGAGCAGGAAGUUGUGGGUCCCAGAUGUGACUCGCGCUUGGUAGGUAGCCGGCAAAGGAGGCUUCCCAUGUGUGCACCCGGAUGCCGGCCGAAGAGGGCCAGGCGGGGGCCGGGCCGCCUCCACGUGGGCUCAGACCCCGCCGAGGGGGCCUGGAUGAGAGCCAGAGCUGAGGACUCCACGCAUCUGGUCAGCCCGGCCCGGAUGCAGAGGAAGAGGCUGGUGGUUCUGUGAGCAGGCCUGGCAGGGGAGUGGCGUGGGCCCCACGCUGCCCAUGGGGCUGCAGGUCCAGGGGACCCCUCCCCAGCUCCGCCGGCCAGGCUCCCAGAGCCCAGAGACCUAGGCCCACCAGUAUCACCAGAAGGACAAUUCCUGGGCCUUGGGCUCUGCUGGGGGGAUGAUGCCGGCCAAGGGGCGCUAUUUCCUCAAUGAGGGCGGAGACGGCCCGGACCAGACGGCGCUGUACGAGAAGUACCGGCUCACCAGCCAGCACGGGCCUCUGCUGCUCACGUUCCUGCUGGUGGCUGUCACUGCCUGUAUUGCCCUCAUUGUCAUCACCUUCGUCUGCGGGGACCCCUCCGGACACCAGGCUUUCCUGGGGAUGGCAUUCUUCACGCUUGCCUUGUUUGUGACUCUCUACGUGCUGGUGUAUAUGGAAUGCCUCGUCCGGCGGUGGCUCAGGACCCUGGCGCUGGUCAUCUGGGUCUGCCUCAUGAUGCUGGGCUACACGCUGGUGUUGGACUCAUGGAUGAAGGCUGCCCCGACCUGGGCGCAGGUGCCCUUUUUCCUGUUCAUCGUCUUCGUGGUGUACACGCUGCUGCCCUUCAGCAUGCGGGGGGCCAUUGUGGCAGGGGGAUUCUCCAGCAUCUCCCACCUCCUGGUGCUCGGAGUUCUGAUGGGGGCCUUCACGAAGCCCAGCGACUGGGUGGUACGACAGCUCGUGGCCAAUGCUGUCAUUUUCCUGUGUGGGAACCUCACGGGCGCCUUCCACAAGCACCAGAUGCAGGACGCCUCCCGAGAGCUCUUCACCUACACUGUGAAGUGCAUCCAGAUUCGUCGGAAGCUGCGGAUCGAGAAACGUCAGCAGGAGAACCUGCUGCUGUCGGUGCUGCCGGCCCACAUCUCCAUGGGCAUGAAGCUCGCCAUCAUCGAGCGGCUCAAGGAGCGUGGAGACCGCCGCUAUGUGCCCGACAACAACUUCCACAGCCUGUACGUCAAGCGGCACCAGAAUGUCAGCAUCCUUUAUGCCGACAUCGUGGGCUUCACGCGGCUGGCCAGCGACUGCUCCCCCAAAGAGCUGGUGGUGGUGCUGAACGAGCUCUUCGGCAAGUUUGACCAGAUCGCCAAGGCCAACGAGUGUAUGAGGAUCAAGAUCCUGGGCGACUGCUACUAUUGUGUGUCGGGUCUGCCUGUGUCCCUGCCCACCCAUGCCCGGAACUGCGUGAAGAUGGGGCUGGACAUCUGUGAGGCCAUUAAGCAGGUGCGAGAGGCCACGGGUGUGGACAUCAGCAUGCGUGUGGGCAUACACUCGGGGAACGUGCUGUGUGGGGUCAUUGGGCUGCGCAAGUGGCAGUAUGACGUGUGGUCCCACGACGUGUCCCUGGCCAACAGGAUGGAGGCGGCUGGAGUCCCUGGCCGGGUGCACAUCACAGAGGCGACGCUGAAGCACCUGGACAAGGCGUAUGAGGUGGAGGACGGGCACGGGCAGCAGCGGGACCCCUACCUGAAGGAGAUGAACAUUCGCACCUACCUGGUCAUCGACCCCCGGAGCCAGCAGCCGCCCCCGCCCAGCCAGCACCUCCCCAGGCCCAAGGGGGAUGCGGCCCUGAAGAUGCGGGCGUCUGUGCGCAUGACCCGCUACCUGGAGUCCUGGGGGGCCGCACGGCCCUUUGCACACCUCAACCACCGUGAGAGCGUGAGCAGCGGCGAGACCCCGGUCCCCAGUGGGCGGAGGCCCAAGACCAUUCCCCUGCGGCGCCACCGGACCCCUGACAGGAGUUCGUCACCCAAGGGGCGGUCGGAGGAUGACUCGUACGAUGAGGAGAUGCUGUCGGCCAUCGAGGGGCUGAGCUCCACAAGGCCCUGCUGCUCCAAGUCCGAUGACUUCUCCACCUUCGGGUCCAUCUUCCUGGAGAAGGAUUUCGAGCGAGAGUACCGCCUGGCGCCCAUCCCCCGGGCCCGCCACUAUUUUGCCUGUGCCAGCCUCAUCUUCGUCUGCAUCAUGCUGGUCCAGGUCCUGCUCCUGCGCAGGGCCGUUCUCGGUUUGUCCUUUGGGCUGGUGGCCUGUGUGGUGGCGCUGGUGCUGGGCCUGUGCUUCGCCCAUGAGUUCCUGAGGUGCUGCCCGGCCCGAGGGGUGUUGCAGGCCAUCUCUGAGAGCGUGGAGACCCAGCCCCUGCUGCGCUUGUCCCUGGCCAUCCUGACUAUUGGCAGCCUCCUCAGUGUCGCCAUCGUCAACCUGCUGCUGAUGCCUUUCCUGGCCCCAGAGCUGCCUGUGGGCAACCAGACGAGCCCAAGCCCGAUGGAUGUGGGCAACAUGUGUGAGCCCCUCCUGUAUUACACCUGUAGCUGCAUCCUGGCCUUUGUGGCUUGCUCGGUCUUCCUGCGGAUGAGCCUGGAGCUGAAGGUUGUGCUGUUGACCAUGGCCUUGGUGGCCUACCUGGUGCUCUUCAACAUCCACCCGUGCUGGCGGAUGGACUGCUGUGGCCUCAUGGCCAACCUCACCGAGACCAGCGGUACCCUCAGCUCCCCACCGUGUGUGUGGAAGGACCCGAAGGUGAUGAUCAAUUUCUACCUGGUUCUGUUCUACGUCACCCUCCUCAUGCUCUCCAGACAGAUUGACUACUACUGCCGCUUGGACUGUUUGUGGAAGACCAAGUUCAAGAAGGAACAUGAGGAGUUUGAAACCAUGGAGAAUGUGAACCGCCUUCUUCUGGAGAAUGUCUUGCCUGCCCACGUGGCCGCUCACUUCAUUGGUGACAAGUUAAAUGAGGACUGGUACCAUCAGUCCUAUGACUGCGUGUGUGUCAUGUUCGCGUCCGUGCCGGACUUCAAAGUCUUCUACACGGAGUGCGAUGUCAACAAGGAGGGGCUGGAGUGUCUGCGUCUGCUGAACGAGAUCAUCGCCGACUUCGAUGAGCUGCUCCUGAAGCCCAAGUUCAGCAGCGUGGAGAAGAUCAAGACCAUCGGCAGCACAUACAUGGCAGCUGCAGGGCUCAGCAGCCCCUCAGGGACCGAGAACCAGGACCUGGAGCGGCAGCACGCGCACAUCGGCAUCAUGGUGGAGUUCAGCAUCGCCCUGAUGAGCAAGCUGGAUGGCAUUAACCGGCAUUCCUUCAACUCCUUCCGCCUCCGUGUCGGCAUAAACCAUGGGCCCGUGAUUGCGGGAGUGAUCGGGGCACGGAAGCCUCAGUAUGACAUCUGGGGAAACACGGUCAACGUUGCUAGCCGGAUGGAGAGCACUGGAGAACUUGGCAAGAUCCAGGUUACUGAAGAGACGUGUGCCACCCUCCAGGGAUUAGGUUACUCUUGCGAGUGCCGGGGACUGAUCAACGUCAAAGGCAAAGGCGAGCUGAGGACUUACUUUGUCUGUACAGACACUGCCAAGUUCCAAGGGCUGGGACUGAACUGAGGGCUUCUGGCAGGUGCAGAACAUGCUGGAAGUGGAUUUCCUUCCCCGAGGCAAGCCAAGGGGAGCCCUCAGCCCCAUGCCAGUCACAAAGGCAUUCCCGGGGUUUGGCUGUCACUACCCCGGCAGAUGGCUGUGUAUGGCUUCCUCGGACUUGUGCUAGAGGAUUUCUGGGAAGGCGCAUCAGACCCCAACCCGAGGCGACCACAGUCUUGCCAUGCACGGGCAGCCAGGCCUUCCGUGCCAUCUGAGCCUGCAGUGCAGCCUCUGGACUGUGCUGACUGGCUCGCUCGUGCGGGUCAGCAGCUCAGUCCCCUCGGUGCUGUGGCCAUCUCCCAUGCGCCGCACGUACCCUGCCUGGCCUGCGAGUGCACAAGCAGGACCUGUCUUUUCUAGGAACAGAACCAGGACAAGUCAUCCAGGAUGGGUUGGGCACUCCUUGCUCCUUAGCCGAUCAGCUACAGGAUUCUCCAUUUCUCACGCAGGCGUUCCAGGAAAUAGAGCUGAAAAGGCUGUUUUCAAUCUGUGGUUUUAUGCAGUAGGGAGGAAAAACCACAGCGGACACUUGCUGCCUCUUGUCAUCUCAAGCAGGUGUCUGUUUUAAAUGGCUGUAUUAUUAGUGGAGGUUUUAUUCUUUUAAAUGACUUCCUAGAUGCUAGACGAAGUCUCUUCCCUCCACUGUGCUUUUUAACCCUUGACAUGGCACGAGAACCUACUGUCUAGUGUUUUGUUUCUGGAUUGGCCCAGCCGGGGGUGGUGUGGCUCGGAGUGCGGCUCCCGGCAGGAAGGCAAGCGGCGGUAGCCCCGGAAGUCAGGCACCACCCUCCUCUCCCCUCCCUGACCAGUCCGGCCUGCGUGGGUGCUCCCCAGCAGCCUUCCGCGGAAUCUUAGCUUCUGUGGUGGAAAGGAGUGGAGUCUGCAGACAGGAUGCGGGCCACCUGUAGCGCUUCCUUCCUUUUCUGUAGUCCUCACACCUAACUUGAAGAUCCUCAAAAUGAAAAACAUCUACUCCACGUAAGCCUGCAGAGGUUGGCCAUGUGGGAAGCCAGCCUGCUCGGAAAUGCUGGGAUGGUCUUGCUCUGAACUGCAAGGAUCAAGGGCAAACGCGAAAAGCCAGGUUUGUGAGCUGCGUCUCAGCGCUUCAGCUGUCGAGAAUCACAAGUCAGCCUGAGUUGUUUCAAGGUGAGAAGGAACCGAACCGUCCCCUUUUUGCUGGAUCAGCUUUGCUGCCUCCUCACCAGAGCGUGCCCGGGGUUUCUCCCCCAGCCACACUCCACUACAGAGCAGAAUUCCCAGCUCGGGGUCCUCUGGUAACCCCCUGCCAUUCUGGGAAAUCUUGCACAUGGGAGACUUCAAAAGUGGACGCGGGGCUGCAGCCAAGGGCAGGGAGGACUGCAGCUGACCCCGCGGUCUGCUCAGACCCUGGUUGCAGGCUUGUCAUCUCAGAAGGGUCUGCCGGAGAGGCCGGGUGCGCCAGCACCGCGACACCUGCGUGUCACUAGAAGAGAGAUGAAUGAGGUACAAGACCUUGCCAUCCGAAGGGAUUUUAUGGCAAAAAUGCUGUUAAGGGGAAUAACCUCAUUUAAAGACUGCUUUUCUGCACCAACUUUUCAUAUAAAGGAAUGGUUUCUGGUGAGUUCUGCACUGUGACCCAUACACUUAAAUCGACAGCGACCUGGGCCGUGCAGCAGGGCUCCCCUGAAGAGUUCAGGAAGGUUCUGUCACAGAUACGAUAUGGAUGCACGUAGGUGUGCUCGGGAUCUCUGAGGCGGGCCUACUUCUACUCGGCAAUAUUUGAGUUACUUUUAUCCUUCAACAACAGAAAUCCAGUCCUGUCUUUUAUUUCCAAUUCAAGCACGGUGCUCUGAUAAGCACAUUUUGGAAGUUCUGAGUUUCUGAUGUGCCGACCACCAUGUGGGACGGACCCUAAAAAGCACCUGCUGUCACUUUUGUUCAGUGUGUUUUCCAGGGGCUGGUCCCUUUCCUCACAGGCGUCAUUCUGUUUUAUGAUAGUACAAGUACCUUUUCCAACAUUGACCUUUCCUAGGGGCCAUGGGGCGGUGUGAAGAUUUCCUAACAGAAGAUCACUGAGCACAGCAUACAUGGUGUAUGUAAUAGGUCAUGUCUAAAACCAGGUUUUGAGAAGGUACAUAUGAAUAGGAAUUAUUCUGUAUACUGACUAUUUAUAGAUCUGUAACAUUUGUUUCAAAAUGUUAUACUUCAUUUUUAUAAAGUACCAGUGUUUCUACUCUGUUUAGCCUUUCAUAUAUUAAAUCAGCAAUUUGGAAAAACAAUGUCCUAAAGUGUUUUGAAUUUCAGUGUUUUCUUGGUCUGCUUGAGAAAAUUACUGCCUAAAUAAUAAUUGAAAGAUUAAAAUUAAACUCUAAAAAAGAACUGAUAAAAUACAUAACAAUUUUGAAGUUCUUUGGGCAUAUGGUUUUCAGUAGAUUUUUAAGACUGGGUUGUGUUGGAGAAUCCGUUUUCCUUCACCCCACUUAUUCUUGCUAAAUGUUCAUUUUCAAAGUCAGGAAAAUAAAAACAGCUUCAGCCAGUGGGCAGGGGAGUCUUACCGGGGCUCCGUACAGCCCAAGUCGGGUUCCCUGAAGCAGGCUGCCAUGUGGUGCCUGGUUAGGGAAGAGGACCACAUGUCUCCCAGUCUCCCACUCCAUUAUCUGCUCAAACAGCCGACCUUUGUAUUUCAGAUAAAAGUAGAGGACUCUCAGUUCAAGGGACAUGCUGAGGCACAGGUGGCCUGGGAGACACAGUAAACAGAAAUGUAAACUUUGCUUUAAGUUCUGUGAUUUCCUUUCUUAUUUAGCUUCUUUUAUUAUGUUUCUAAGUGACCCUCUCAAAAAUGGAAAAACUAAACCAAAUAGCACCACUGACAGGUUAGUACUAUGAAGCUCCUGGUGUGAUUUUUGGGGGGCUGGGGACAGGAAGAGUGGAUAGGAGAGGUACUUCAUCACCUCAUCCUACAGGAGGACAGCAUUCCCAUCGGUUAUGCCAGGGAUAUGCACUUAAAAUAAUUUUAGAAUCUACUAAUAUUUGUUCUCACAGUGUAACGAUGGAAAAUCUCACUGGAUAGGGAUUUUAAAGAAGCAUCUGAGCUCUGGUCCUGUCUGUAUGCCCUAAGGAAAGCGGCACUGUCACUAUUCUGACCCAACUGUGCCCAGGCCCACUCGGGAUGGCAACAGGUCUGAGUCCAUCCUAUUCCUUUCUCAUGAGGCCCUUCUUUGGAUAAAUCAUCUAGGUGAAAUCUGGUAAGGCUUCCCGUCAACAGAAGGCUGUUCAAGUUUGCGGGGAGUCAAAAAUUACACAUGGAUUUUUGACCUACGGGGCGGGGGAGGAGGGAGGUCUCAGCUGGCACCCCUAACCCCUGUGUUGUUCAAGGGCCAACUAUGUAAAUGCAAUAAAGAAACCAUCCACAGUUCGCUUCA